UGUUUAUUAUUUGCCUUGCUGAUUACAUAUGUAGAUUUUAGUCAUACAGUUGUACAUCUUCACAUUCUUUCUUGAAAAUUAUUAAACUCUGUCCUGCAAAUAUGAGAAUUUUCGGCAAUCUGCAAAUUUUGCAACGCGGCUACACAAUUAAAACCCUCUCUCGGCAUUAUGCUGCCUCAUCUGUUCCAACUACUAAACUUUUCAUCAAUGGACAGUUUGUUGACUCAAAGGCUACAGAAUGGAUUGAUGUACAUAAUCCAGCUACAAAUGAAGUGAUAACAAGAGUGCCAAAAUCCACACCAGCUGAAAUGGAACUUGCUGUUACUGCUGCUAAAGAUGCUUUCAAAUCUUGGUCACAAACUUCAAUUUUAUCUCGACAGCAAACAAUGUUUAGAUUACAGCAUUUAAUAAAGGAAAACAUGAAUAGGUUAAAAGAAAGUAUAACUUUAGAGCAGGGAAAAACUACUCAAGAUGCAGAAGGAGAUGUCCAUCGAGGCUUACAGGUGGUGGAGCAUGCUUGUGGAAUAACAUCUUUGCAAUUAGGUGAAACUCUUCCUUCCAUAUCUCGAGAUAUGGAUUCAAUGUCAUUUCGCUUGCCACUUGGUGUGUGUGCUGGAAUCACGCCAUUUAACUUUCCUGCAAUGAUACCUCUUUGGAUGUUCCCUCUUGCUUUGGUAUGUGGGAAUACCUUUGUUAUAAAACCAUCCGAAAGAGAUCCUGGUGCUACAAUGGUAUUGAUGGAAUUAGUUAAGCAGGCUGGUAUUCCUGAUGGUGCAGUUAAUGUGAUACAUGGGGCUCAUGAAUCUGUGACAUUUAUCUGUGAUCAUCCAGAUAUAAAAGCUAUUUCCUUUGUUGGAUCAGAUAGAGCUGGCAAAUACAUCUAUGAAAGAGGAUCAAAGAAUGGAAAGCGUGUACAGUGUAACAUGGGUGCAAAAAAUCACGGAGUUAUAAUGCCUGAUGCUAACAAAGAACAUACUUUGAAUCAGCUUGUAGGUGCUGCAUUUGGUGCUGCAGGACAGCGUUGCAUGGCUUUAUCAACAGCAGUUUUUGUUGGAGAAUCACAAAACUGGAUACCUGAACUAGUGGAAAGAGCUAAGAAAUUGAAAGUUAAUGCAGGUCAUAUUCCUGAUACUGACCUUGGACCAGUGAUUUCCCCAGAAGCUAAGCGAAGAAUAUGUGAUCUUGUUGAAUCUGGAGUAAAAGAAGGGGCUCAUUUAGUCCUUGAUGGACGAUCUAUUGUUGUUCCUGGUUUUGAGAAGGGGAAUUUUGUAGGACCCACCAUUCUUACAAAUGUGAAGCCUAGUAUGACUUGUUACAAAGAAGAAAUUUUUGGACCUGUUUUAAUAACUAUAAAUACAGAUAGUAUUGAUGAAGCUAUAAAACUGAUUAAUGCCAAUCCAUAUGGAAAUGGUACAGCUGUGUUUACAACAAAUGGUGCCACUGCAAGAAAGUUUGUCCAAGAAAUAGAUGUUGGUCAGGUUGGCGUAAAUGUCCCUAUACCUGUACCUCUGCCUAUGUUUUCAUUUACUGGAUCUAGAGGUUCUUUUCUAGGUGAUGCCAAUUUUUAUGGAAAAGCUGGUGUCAACUUUUAUACACAACUGAAAACAGUAACCCAGUUGUGGCGUGAGCAAGAUUCUUCACAUUCCAAAGCUGCUACUAGCAUGCCAGUAAUGAAAUAAGAGAAACUGUGUCAAAUCCUUAAGAAAGUCUUCGAUAUUUUAAUAAUAAAAUGUUAAGCGUAUUUGUUACUGAAAGAUUACAAAAAUUUAUAAAAAGCUCUUUGUAUCUGCUUUAAAAUAAACUAUUUGUUUAA